CUAUGAUGUUAUUCUAUUAUCAGAUAUCUCAAUACGUAUCAGUUCAAAACAGAUAUUUAUUGUUAUCUACUUAAGAGAAGCUAACUAAAUAUAUAAAAGUCGCCAAACGGGCGAUUCACCGGAUAUUCAAGUGUCGGGAAUUUCCUAUCGUACAGGUUUUGCGAUUUGGUGUUGUUUCCAUGCGUUUUCUUACCUUGACAUUGACGAUACUCGAAAUUAUUAAUCGCUAUAUUAUUCUUUAUUGUUAGACUGCUAUUUUCAAUCUCGAAGAACAAAAGCUAAUGUAUUUUAUAACUACAGAUGUUUAAAAGAAGAAUCUUGAUUGCGGUUGCAUGACGUCAUUUGUCAAAAUUCGGUUUCCUGUUUGUAUUGCAUUUUAAUUCACAUUUGUCGAACGUAAUUAAUUAAUAUGUCCGUUAAUUUAGCAAAGCAUAAAACUGCCUUAUUACAAGCCUGGAAAGAUGUUGUAGAUGAAAAGUCCCCUACAGAUUGGGCUCUGUUUGGUUAUGAGAAGCAGUCUAAUGAUUUAUGUGUUGUGGGAACUGGAGAUGGUGGUUUGGAGGAAUUAAUAGAUGAACUCAACAGUGGCAAAGUUAUGUAUGCCUUUUGUAAAGUUAUUUGUCCUAAUACUGGACUUCCAAAAUUUGUUUUUAUAAAUUGGCAAGGAGAGGGUGCUCCUCUGAAUCGCAAAGGGGCAUGUGCUAAUCAUGUACUUGACAUAUCCAAUUUCUUCAAGGGUUCUCAUGUUACAAUCAAUGCAAGAAUGGAAGAAGAUGUUGAACCAUCUUUAGUUUUAGAAAAAGUUGCCAAGGCAUCUGCUUCAAAAUUUAAUUUCAAAGAACGAUCUGAUCCAGUAGAAAAUAUGACUCCAGUGGGUAGUGUAUACAAACGAAUUAUGCCAACUAGAGAAAUCAACCCAGUUGAAAGAGAAAAAUUCUGGAUGAAGGAACAGGAAGAAGAAAAGAGAAGAAUUGUAGAGGAAAAAAAGAAAGCUGAAGACGAAAGAAAGAAAUUAGAAGAAGAAAGGAAAGAAAGAGAAAUAAAAGAUACUGUUGCUAGGGAUGAGUGGGUGAAAGAGCGAUCACAAUCCAUAAACAAAAUGAGAGAAGCUGAAAGGAAUGCUGAUAAUGUUGCUAGAAAUAUUGCUCAAGAGAAAAAACAAUGGGAAAAACAGUUAGAAGAUGAUGCUAAGGAUGAAAAGGCUAGAAGAACAAGAAGUGAAAAUUUGAGAAGAGAAAGAAGUCAUGAAGCUCAAACUUUGAUUUCCCAAAGAACGAUUAAUGCUAGAGCUAUAUUUGAGCAAAACACAUGUGCUGGGCAAAUGACUAAUGUUCAGACCUCUAGACAACCCAAAGUCCUGCAGGAAUUUGAGGAGAGCCAAGCGAAAUACGAAGCUCAGUCAACCUCUCCAGUUCCUACUACUGGUGACAGCUAUAAUUCUCCAACAAUUGAACACGUUCCUGUAGAAAAAAUAGAACCAGUUCAUAGCCAAAAAGUUGAGCUAACUUCGGCAGCUUCUCCCCCUGAAGAAUUUAACUACACCAGGAAUUUGUUAAAGGAACCUCCCCGGCAGGAUUCGGAACUCGAAGUCAAUGCAGAAGAAGAGCAGAAUUGGGAUGAGCCAACAUUGGAAGCUCCCCCUAAUGUUCGAGAUCCAUUAACUGAAAUGAUGGCAGAGCAUGGAAUAGUUAGGACAGUGGAUGGCACUCAAGCUUUAGAUAGCACUCAAGUCAUUACUUCAGCUCCUCUUGGAGAUGGUCUGAAAGCUCGUGCUCUAUAUGAUUAUCAAGCAGCUGAUGAAACUGAAAUAUCCUUCGAUCCUGAUGAUAUUAUAACACAUAUUGAGCAAAUUGAUGAGGGAUGGUGGCAGGGUCUUGCCCCGGAUGGUUCCUGGGGAUUAUUUCCUGCUAAUUAUGUUGAACUGUUAGACUGAUUAUCUACCAUUUAAUCAACUAUUUGACUGUUAUCUGUGAUGAAAGUCAUUUUGUUCAAACUUAUAUGUUUCAUUUUUGUUUCCCUGCAUUUAAUUGCAUUUUUAUAAAAACAAAUUAAUGGGACUUGGUUUUUUAGGGGAUAAAAAUUAUAUUAAUAGUUGAUGCUUUUUUACCUUCAUCAUUUAAAUAAAACAAUUCAAUUUCUUUUUAUAGAUGUAAUAGCAAUAAUAUAAAUAGUUAUUGAUUGGCUAUUUAGGCUUUGAUAUUUGCUUAUUUGUUCUGUUUUGCUGUCUUUAAUCAAGAAGUUAUAUAAUGUAUCUGAUUUUUUUUCUAUUACUUUUUUAAAUUUCUAUUGCUUAUAUUAUUUAAUAUAAAAGAGAAAGUAAUUAUUUAAAAUUUAUAAAUCACUAUAAAAUUCAAUAUUACUUUUUAAGACUGACUUGUAAAUUUUAUCUAUAAAAUUUAUUUAUGAAAAUGUAAGACACAUUAACAUCUAUAUAUGUAUAAUUAUGGGAAAUUUCAAUUAAUGUAUCUUUUUUGUUAAAUUGAUAUUAUUUGUACUGCUUAGAUUUUUAAGACUUUGCAAAGUGAUUUUUUUUAUGUAUAUAAAGAGAAAUGAUACUGAUACUGAUUUUUUUAUUAGAUAAAUAUGAUAAUUUCCUUUUUUUAUUCUUUUCAUGUGAAUCCUUAAUGCCUAGUCACUUUGAAUAAUUUUUUUUCAAGAUUUUGUUUCCAAUUAUACUUUUAGAUAUGUAUAUGCUUUUAUAACUGUAAACUUUUCUUAUAGAAACUGUAUCAAUGAUUUUAAAAACAUUUGUUAUACUAUCAUUUUCUUUCUUGCUUUUGAAUGACUGAAUGUGUGGAAAAAAAAUUUCAAACAGCUGGACAUUUACAAAGCUUUGUUGUUUAUAUAAAGAAAUGUUUGACUUUUCAAAUAAAAUAUGAUAGUAUUAAUCAAAAUCUUGCAGAAAUAUUAUAUGGUUGUUAAAAUUAUGAACUAAGAUUAUACAUAAACUUUAUGCUAUAUAUUGAAUAUUAAUAAAAUCUGCCUUAAAUAUAAUGAUUGAAUUUUAUAAAAUAGUACUAGGAAAAAUUUCUUAAUAUUCUUCCUUAUGUUGUUGGCUUAAAAAACAGUACAGCAUAGUGUAAAAAUAUAUUUUCAAUAAUUUAUUACAAAUUUAACUGACAAAAAAAUCGUAUGUUUUUAUAAAAAAAAAUUUAAAAUGUCUUUCCAUCAAUUUAAAAAAAGAUCAUGUGAAGUAAUUGCUUUAAAUAUAUACUCAUUGAUUCUCACAUUAUUAAAGAUUAAAAUGUCUGUUGGCCAUUUGUUUUUCAGUGUGAUUCGUUAAUAAAAUCUUAAAUCAAAUCAUUAUUUGGUGCCAAAAAAUGUUUGUGUUGAAUACACAAUUUCACUCAAUUUUUUAGAACUUUUUAUUUAUAUUUAUGAAAAUCAGGAUCAAUUAUACAAAUACAAAUGUAAUUAAAAAAUCCAGAAUUUGUACAUUUUGUUAUUUUUUUUAAUAAUGGUUGCUAUGAAAAAAAAUACUAGUAGGUGUUUUUUUUUUUUUUAAAUCACACUUUUGGACUUUAAAUCACCUCUCCCACCCCCUCUUUGAAUUGUAUGUGUAGUACUUUUGGUGUUGCCAAUAAAGAAGUACUUAAUUUUUUCCUUUUUAAAAAAGAAAAAAAAAUCUUGCCUAUUCUGUGAAAGUUUAUUAAAGUAUGACAGUUUUCAUUUUAUACUAGUUUAAUAUGCUAGUUUUUAAAACGUUUUUACUUUUUAUGUUAGACUUUACCUUCUACAAAAAUGUAUACUUUAGGUAUUUCUGAAAUGGUUCCAGUUUUUGUACUGAAUUAAAUCUGUUUUGUUAUUGA